UUUUGCUGUCCAAUUGUCGUCGAAGCAGUUGAUUCAGAUUCGGGAGUGUCGUUCCCCUCUCUCCCAAAUUCAAAACCCCAACUGAAUCAACCCUAAAGCCUCCUCCUUCCUUCUAGAGAGAGAAAGAAGAGAGGGAGGAGAGAGAGAGAGAGGAGGGAGGAGGGUAGUGCAUUUCCACAUCCACCCUCCGAUUCCGUUCUUCCUUUUCUUCUGGUUCUAGGGUUUUGAUUUUGUUUCAGAAAUGGGAAGCAGAAAAGAGGAAGAGCGAAACGAGAAGAUCAUUCGGGGCCUCAUGAAGCUCCCUCCUAAUCGGCGAUGUAUCAACUGUAAUGGCCUGGGUCCUCAGUACGUCUGCACGAAUUUUUGGACUUUCGUUUGCAUGACUUGCAGUGGCAUACAUCGGGAAUUUACUCAUCGUGUGAAGUCAGUAUCCAUGUCCAAAUUUACUUCACAAGAAGUUGAAGCCCUCCAAAAUGGUGGUAACCAGCGUGCAAGGGAAAUUUAUUUGAAGGAUUGGGACCUUCAAAGGCAACGAUUGCCAGACAGCAAUAAGGCUGAUAAAAUCCGUGAGUUCAUAAGAAGUGUAUACGUAGAUAAGAAAUAUACUGGAGGAAGGACCUCUGAAAAGCCUCCAAGAGACAUGCAGACCCAUAGAAUCCGUGAAGAUGAGAUGAGACGUGCUAGUUCUUAUCAUUCCUAUUCUCAAAGUCCACCUUAUGACUAUCAGUAUGAAGAUAGACGGUAUGGAAAACAAGCUGCUGCACUUACCAGGAAGCCUGGUUCUGAUCGAGGUCGAUAUGAAGGAAAGAUGUCGAGUUUUGUUUACAGUGCCGGUCGUUUAAGUGAGCAAAUGUAUGAAGACAGGUUUGCAAAUGAGGGCUCUGGUUCAAGAGCUUCAGAUUUCUCUGUGUCAAGUGGAGGUGAUGUGUCUAGAUCUGGAGUACAGUCUCCUAAUUUUCAGAAGGACACUGGAUCCAGCAGCCCCACUUUUGUGCCUUCAUGGGAUAAUCUAACUGAAGUAAGACACCAAGCAAAAGAUACACAUCCAGAGGCAAUUGUCAAGAGAGAUGCAGCAGGGAUAUCCUGUCCGCAGAGAACUGCAUCCUUAGGAAAUUUUGUCUCAGCGGAUAGCUAUUCCAUGUCUCCCAAGUCAUUUAAUUCAGGCAGUUUAACAAAUGCUGUCGAACCUGAACAAGCUACUGGAAUCCUCCCGGAUAAAUCCACCUCUUUAACGGGAUCAUCUCAUCUUGGCAGUAGUGAUAGCUUGGAUCUUUUCAAGGCCCCAGUUAAACCAGAAGUCUCUUCUGCAGCCUUUUCCAUUGAUUUGUUCCAGUUACCAGCAGCAUCUUCGUCUCCAUCCGUAGAUUUGUUUCAACCGUCUUUAUCAUCUUCCAACUCAUGUAUGAAUAUGGACCAGCCUCAAGUUUUCCGACCUUCCUUGGAGUUAUUUGCUGACUUUCCUCAGCAGCAGUCAACUCCAACCUUGGAUAAACAAGUAGCUGAGGCUGCCCCUAAAAAUGAAGGAUGGGCAACGUUUGAUACGCCUCAGCCCUCAGCUUCCUUUCCAUCCUCCGAAAAUAUGACCCUUGAAAAUAUAGCUUCCAAUGGUGGAGGUUCUAUUGGAAAUUUUGAAGCAUUCUCGUCAUCAAACACAAGCAUGCAAUGGCCAUCAUUUGAGUACUCUAGUAGUCAUAGACCGUUUUCAGAUGUUUCUAGUCCAUGGAGUGAUAGUUUGCACAAUGUCACAGAUCCCAAUACUGGAAGCGCACAGUCAUGGAAUGCUUUUGAAGAUUCUAUUGGACACCUUCCAUCGGAGGUGGCUGAAAAGGGCAGUGAGCCAGGAGCAACUGACAAGCUUUCGUCAGCUGGUGACCGUGAUUUUGGGUUAAGAAUCUCCGAGGAAUCUAGUAAAGAUGGGAUUCAGGGAGCUGUUUCUCAAGGUGAACCCCACGAUCCAAGUCUGCCACUACAUGCUGUGUUGGGGCAAUCAUAUACUCCACAAGUGCUUCCUCAAAUGGGAGAAAUUAAGUCACAUGCCACCGACCACAAAUCAAAUAACCCAUUUGAUCUUCCUUAUGAUACAGAUCUGGAUCAGAACAGUAUGUUUUUGGACAUGAACUCCUUACAAGCCUCUCUCCCAAAUGAUCAUUUGCAAUCCUCUUUCUUUGAUGAAUCUCAGGCAUGGUUUCCGCAAAAUCCAGUGUCUGGGAUGCCGUAUAUUCCAGCUGCAGCAGAAGGUGGCUUGACGUAUGCGCCAGGGCAGGCACAUAGUUCUCAGAUUCCGAACGGCCCUACACAGGAACCUGUCGCGUCUAUCGGAGGAAAUCCUUUUGCAUAGGAUCAUAGAGGCCAGAAUAGUCUCUGGAAUCAUUCAGUUGGUAGUGUAACUUCGUCAUUGAAUCCGUACGCCGUCGUUUUAUUCAGUAGGACGGACAAUUCUCAUGGUAUUUAUUUGUUGAAAUAAAAGUUUGCCAUGAAUAAAUAUUUUUCGGCCUGUUUGAUAUAACCGUUUCGAAUUCCAGUAUGUGUUUGUAUUGACAGGUACAAUGUGCUUAUAUUUCUCUCUGUAUUUCUUUUACGUGUUCUUUAUUUUUCUUUUCAGUACAAUUCGUUUACGUGGUCA